AUGACUGCCUUCCCUCCGCCGCCGAUUGAUACUAUCAACUGGUCCAAUGUAGGCUUUAAUAUGAGCGAAGUCAACGGCCAUAUUGAGUCAACCUACUCUAGAACAACAGGCCAGUGGUCGCCGCUUCGUUUUGUGGCUGAUCCGUAUAUCCGUCUCCAUGGCAUGUCACCAGCUCUCAACUACGGACAGCAGUCAGCAGAAGGCCUCAAGGCGUUUCGCGGGCCGAAUAACAAAACUAUUGCCAUCUUCCGCCCCGAUCGCAACGCACAUCGCAUGCAACACUCCGCAGAUGUUGCGUCCAUGCCGCAUGUGCCCGUGGACAUGUUUGUGCAGGCUUGUCGAUCUGUUGUAGCUCUAAAUGCCUGCUACGUGCCUCCUCACGAGUCCGAGGCUGCUCUGUAUUUAAGACCGCAGCUCUACGGAUCCAGUCCGCAGCUGAGCCUCGCGGCGCCAGAGGAAUUCACAUUUUGCGUCUACGCCGUGCCCACUGGAGGCAUGAUCUCUCGUGGCCCAAGUCCGGUCACGGCCCUCAUCCUCGAUGAUUUUGACCGCACGGCACCCAAUGGCUCGGGGCACGCAAAGCUUGGUGGCAACUAUGCACCCGUCAUCCGGUGGAGCGACAAGGCACGAAAAGACGGCUUUGGUCUAACUCUCCACCUGGACAGUGCUAAGCAUGAAUACAUUGACGAGUUCAGCAGCUGCGCCUUUGUGGGCGUCAAGUCAAACCCGGACGAUGAGAACGAUGUGACAAUACUCAUACCAGACUCAAAGUGCAUCAUUGACAGCAUCACGAGCCAGAGCAUUGCCCAGAUAUCCCGCAGCUUUGGUUGGAAGGUCGAGAAGCGGCCCGUAAAAUAUACAGAGCUGCCAGACCUUUCAGAGGUUUUGGCCGUCGGAACUGCUGCGAUAAUAGUUCCCGUGAGGUCCAUUACUCGGCGCCAAAAUUCUGGUCUAUUGGUUCCUGGUCCUCGCGUAAGCAUUGACAGAGCUUCAGAAAAAGUCACGUAUAUACCCGACUCGCACGCCGAAGCUGGGCCUGUGUGCGCCAAGCUUCUCACUCGAUUUAAGGAGAUACAGUUAGCUUUGACUGAAGAUACCUUUGGCUGGCGCUUUGAGGUGACAGAGGCAGACAUGAGAGUCGAAAACUAUGCUACCUCGUAA